AUGCAGACUGCUUCUACAAAGAUUGGUGAAAGAAUGGGUCGCUCUCAGGAGCUCAGUGACUCCAAGCGUGGUCCCGUGAUAGGUUGCCACCUGUUCAAUAAGUUCAUCCGUGAAAUUUCCUGGCUACUAAAUAUUCCACGGUCAACUGUUAGUGAUAGUGUAUCAAAAUGGAAGCAACUGGGAACAACAGCAACUUGUAAAAUGACAGAGCGUGGUCAGCGCAUGCUGAAGCGCACAGUGCGUAGAAGUCGCCAACUGUCUGCAGAGUCAAUAGCUAAAGAUCUCCAAACUUCAUUUCCAGUAAAGGGAACUCUUAAGGCGUCAGAAUACCAAGACAUUUUGGACAAUUUCAUG